AUGACGGUACUGACAGAAGGAGUCUACAAGCUCAGGGCUGUUGUCCAUGACAUUCAUGGAGCUGAUGUGGAGCUGGGGCCUUAUUACGUGGACAUUGGCCGUGAGAACGUGUCUGUAUUCAUGAACUCCAGCUCUAUCCAUGACAGUGAAGCUCUUUCCUUUGCUGACUCCCUCCCACAGCAGAAAGGCACAGUCGUGAUGCAUCGCUUCUCGUCUGUUUCUUCAUACAAUGUGUCCUUUAUUUCUCAGACUCAAGUGGACAGCAGCCAGGCUUGGCUUGGUGUGACUGUUGGGUAUAAGAUGCAAUCUGUGUCUAUUUACACCAAUGGAACUGUGUUUGCUGCAGACACAAACAUCACAUUUGUGGCUGUUACCAAGGAAACUCUACCCCUGGAGUUCAUGUGGUAUUUGGGAGAUGACCCACCAGUGAGGACAACUUCCAGAAGCAUCAGAAGAAGGCUGAGCAUCCCUCAGUGGUACCAUGUGAUGGUCAAAGCCACCAGCAGGAUCGGCAGUGUGGUCUCCGAGCCCCACCUCAUCAGGAUACAGAAGAGAAUCAUAGCCAAUCGGCUCAUGUCUACUGCCUCAGCCCUGGUAAAUGCCAAUGUGUCCUUUGAAUGCAGACUCAACUUUGGCACUGAUGUAGCCUAUCUUUGGAACUUUGGAGACGGGACCAUUGAUCUGGGCAAAAGUUUCUCCAGUCAUGUCUACAGAAGGGAGGGAGAAUUUACAGUUGAAGUCCUUGCCUUCAAUAAUGUCAGCUCUGCCAUCCUAAGAAAGCAACUUUUCAUCGUGCACGAGCCUUGCCAACCACCCCCGGUGAAGAACAUGGGGCCUAAGCAAGUUCAGAUAUGGAGGUCUCAGCCCCUGACACUCAGAGUGACGUUUGAAGCUGCAGUCCUCUGUAACAUUUCCCAAGGGCUUUCCUACACCUGGAGUAUUGUGGAUGCGGGGGCGACUGCUGUCACCCUCCCUGCUGCUGUCAACACCCACAGACAGACCAUCAUGCUCCCAAGCUACACCCUGGAGUGUGGGAACUACACUGCCAUGGCCAAGGUUCAGAUCAAGGGAAGCAUGGUGUAUAGCAACUACUGUGUUGGUGUGGAGGUUCGACCCAGGGCUCCUGUCAGUGUGAUCUCUGAAGGCACACAUAUCUUCAUUCCCAGGGCCACCACCACCCCCAUCAUCCUCAGAGGGUUCCAGUCCUAUGACCCUGACAACCCGGGAGCUGCUCUCAGUUAUCACUGGACUUGCACUGCAGCCAGCUCACCAAGGUGGCCCUGCUUUGAGGACUCUACUCUAUAUCAAAUGGACACUCACGCUCCUUCCGUUUCCUUCCAAGCAAGAUGGCUCAGUGAAUGCUGUGACCAGUUCCUUCUGACACUGACAGUCUCCAGCAAUGGACAGAACUCUUCUCAGGCCUUGAUAUUCCUGUCCACCCAUCCUGACCCAGCCUUCAGAUUCGUCCACAUCUCAUGGGCCAAUUUUAGAGACAUUCAUGUAAACUGGAAUGAAGAGCUGUCUCUCAGAGCUGUGUGUGAAGACUGUGACAAUGUACCAGACCUCACUUAUUCCUGGGAUCUCUUCCUAGUCAAUGCAACGGAAAAGAAUAUGGUGGAAGUUCCCUUCUGCAGCACUGUGGGGCUACUGGGCAGCUCGGCAUUUGGGGCCCUUCUGAAGUUGUCUCAGUCAGGCCUGCAGUCAAACCCCAGAGGACCACUGACACUACACUCACCACAGCGGUCACCCAUGCCCCUGAGCUGGACAACUCUUCCCAACCUGGGAAGCACUUCCACAGAGUCCACAGCAGGUGGCCACCACAUUCCCGUGGUGGGUCCCCUGGCAGGCUCAGGGGAGCCUAUGGAGGACUAUGGCUCACUGAGUCCAGCCCCAGGUUCCUCGGAUGAGCAAGCUUUGAUGAUGAGCACUCCAGAAGGAAGCUGGCCCCCUUCCAGCUCCUCCCCUGCCUUUGAUGAUUUCGAAGCCUAUUAUAGUGACAUCCAAGAAGAUGUGCCAUCCCUAGGAAGACAGCCAGGGUCCGGUACCAACUUCCAGGAAUCAGGACCAAGCAUGGAUGCCGAGGAGAGUGCCAGUGAUGGGGACAACCUACUGGGCCCUUUCCUCCACACAGGCAGAGAAAAGCCAGCUUUCAUGAUCGACUGGCCCAAGACCCUGGUCAGCCGAGCUGUAUUCCACGGCUACACCUCCUCAGGUAUCGUGGGACCAGCUGUGACAAUAAAACCAUUCUCAUUGAGCAGUGGUGAGAUGUAUGUCUUACAGGCUUCGGCAGCUUCAAAGCAUGCCUUACUAGGCAAAGCUCAGCUUUACAUAACCAUCAACCAAGUUCCACGAGACAUGUCCUGUCAGGUGCGACCCCACAGUGGUCUGGAAGCACAUACCAUCUUCAGUGUCUUCUGCAUGUCAGGGAAACCGGACUUUCAUUACGAAUUUCGAUACCAGAUAGGAAACACUUCUCCACAUACCCUGUACCGUGGACGAGACACCCAGUACUACUUUUUAUUGCCAGCUGGUGAGACCUUAGACAAUUACAAAGUCAUUGUUUCUACUGAGAUCACAGAUGGCCAAGGCUCCAAGGUGCAGCCAUGCACUGUGGAAGUGACUGUGCUGCCCCGUUACCAUGGAAAUGACUGCCCUGACAAGGACCUAUACAGCUCCACUCUGGAAACCCUGUCUUCUCUCCAGCUGGUGGGGAGUUACACAGAAAUCAGGAACUACAUCGCCAUGACCACUGCAAUCCUGAGUCGUUUGUAUGUAGAGAGCAAAAACACAUCUAUGUGUGGCCUAUGGUCACAGAUACAGGAUGUAUUGAUUUCUUCAGCAUGCAAAUUACCUUCCACAGACCAGGAAGCAAUGAUGGAUUCUAUUCACAUAUUGAGAGACCUCAUAAACUUCCCUAAUAAGCUGAGCUGGCUGAGUGCCAUGCACAUCCUCAAAUAUGCCCAGAUGUUCCUCCGUCAAGGUCAGUUCUCCAGGAAGUUGCUGGUCAACAAAAAACUGGGAAUUGAACUUAUCCUUCUCAUCUCUGGAGUCUGGGAAGCUGCCAGAGAAGACAAGAGAAAUGGGGACUAUCUGCAGGAAGAAGGCCUGAAGAUCAUCUCCGACACGUUACUAGCCUGUCUCUCCCUGAGCCACCAGCGUCAGCUUCACAUAAGCACUGGGCAGAUGGAGUUCUGGACCGUUCUCCAUCACAGCUUCCAGAGUUCUGUCCAGAACCUGGGCUUCAUCUGGGUCCAUUUCCCUGGUGACCUGGCCUUGCACAGUUCUGCUCUAGAGGAAUCACACAGUCCAUGCUACAUCAGCCAGCUCAUGGUCUUUAUGAGCAGCCCUUAUCCAGCAGGACAAGCUCCUGGACAGGUAGGUGGUGUGGUGAGCCCUAGGCUCUACAGCUGCAAGAGCAGACGACCUAUUCUCAGAGGACGACUGAAGACACCUGUGACUGUGGAGUUUGGGGAGGAAGACCACCGGCACAAGAGAAAUCCCACUAUGUACACACUGAUUCGGGAUGAAAUAAAUCUCCACCAGUUCAUUGGGCUUUCUGAAAAACCCCAGGAAACAUUACAGAUACAAAUUGAAUUCUCUAAGCCGGUUACAAGAGCCUUCCCCAUCAUGCUGUUAGUAAGGUUCUCCAAGAAAGCCACGCCUGCUGAUUUUCUUGUGAAGCAGGUGUACUUCUGGGAUGAGCAGACUGUACAAAUUUAUGUACCUGCCGUUCCAGUGAAAGGGACCAAUGUGGGGUAUUUGUCCCUAUUAGAUGCUGAUUAUGACAGAAGACCUCCAAACAAAUAUCUUGCUGGGGCAGUAAACUAUACAGUGAAUUUCCAGUGGAUCCAGUGUGUGUUUUGGGACAAGACAGGGUGGAGAUCCGAAGGUCCUUGUCCACAUCCGGGAAGUUCUCCUGAAAAAGUCAACUGCAGCUACCAUCGCCUUGCGCCUUUCUCUAUCCUGAGAAGAAAGCUGAAUGCCACUUUGGAAAUGAGCAGCAUUUCUGGGUUUCGGAGUCACCCACACAACUUGAUUCCUGGUAUUUUCAGUGUGUUUCUCUUGGUUCUUUAUGGACUUUUGAUGACUAAAAGCAGAUGUGUAGAUUGUCACAAGAAAAAGAAACCUGGUUGUAUUUUUCUGGAAGAAGGUAUCCCACCUGGCCACCAGCUGUAUGCAGUAAUCAUUGACACUGGCUUCCGGUCACCAGCCCAAUUUACAUCAAAGGUUUUCAUUGUAUUAUAUGGUGAAAAUGGAUUCUCAGGAACCAAAGAACUCUGCUGCCCAGAGAUGUCUUUGUUUGGAAGGAAUUCCAGGCACACCUUUAUACUGAGCACUCCUAACCAACUGGGACCACUGCAGAAGAUCCGCCUCUGGCAUGACAGUAGUGGACCUUCCCCAAACUGGUUCAUCAGCCACGUGAUGGUAAAGGAGCUACAUUCAGGCCAAGGCUGGUUCUUCUUGGCCCAAUGCUGGCUGGCUGUGAGCCUAUGCGAUGGCCGUGUACAGCGAGAGCUCUUCUGCCUGCGCCGUGGUCUUGGCUUCUGGAAGCUUUUCUAUUCCAAGUUCACGGAGUACCUGGAGGAUUUUCACAUUUGGCUCUCACUGUACAGCCAGCCCACCUCCAGCAGCUACCUACACGCACAGCGGCUUGCUGUGUCCUUCUGCCUCCUGUGUGUCUACUCAUGCCUCACUGCCCUGGUCACCGUGGGAGUUCAUGAACAGGUGGGAGGCAGCAGAUUUUCUCACAGUAACUUCCAAAUCUCAGGCAUACAUUUUGUCCUUCUUUUAACAUGCAAAACUCAAGAGCUCCGGAGAAGGGCUGUCUUGGCUGCCAGACAACGAGAACGCCACCUGCGCUGGGCUCAGCUAGCAUCCAGGGCCAAGUUCAGAGUGACCAAGGAGAGACUGAAGAAAGAGAGCCAGCUGCAGGCAGCCCUGAGAAAUGCCAGAUACUCCUUUGGGAAGCCGAGCAGCACAGAUGACUGGUGGGACUGGACUGUGAGCACAUUGCUGAAUGGGCUGUACCCAGAAGGACCUGCUGCUGGAGCCUGGGGGGCUCAGCCUCCCAGGCCAGUCUCAGAGCUCAUGGAAGAUGCACUAUCUACGAGUACUCGUGACCUUGACCUUGAGAACCCAAAUGUGACCCAUGGUGGUCCUGAGGCCUGUGGGGUGAAGAAGGAGAACUCCAUGCACAGUCUAGGAAGAACAAGGCAUGAAGUGCAUUCAGCCCUGACUGCCCUCAGGGCCAACAGGUGGAUCGACCACAGCACCAGGGCCAUGUCUGUGCACUUCACCCUCUACAACCCCCCAAUGAGACUCUUCACAAGUGUGACCCUAGGUGCAGAGUUUCUCCCCAUGGGAGGUCUUGUCCCCUCAUCCCUGGUAGAGUCAUUCAGCAUCUUCUACAGUGAUUCAGUCCCACAGUACCUUCUUAUGCUUUCUGAGCUGGUGUUCCUGGUACUGAACAUGACCCACCUCUGUUUCCAGCUCUGGGGAAUGGCCACCAAUGGCGUCCUCAGCUACUGGAAAAAACCAAGACACUGGCUGGAGCUCUCUAUGAUUGGGGUAGCCCUGGCCUACUAUGCAGCCUCUGGUCACCUCACUACCCUUGCCAAGAAUGUCAAUGACCAGGUCCACAAAGGACUUCAUCAGAUGUCUGUGGAUCUAAGUCUGAUGGUGUCAUGGAAUCAGAGGGCAAGAUGGCUCCAUGGAAGCCUCCUGUUCCUCUGGAUAUUGAAAUGUGCUCACCUCCUUGGCUUCCUAAACACCAUGACAUCCUUCUCCGAAGUGACAUGUUCCUCUCUCUCCAGAGCCUUCGCCCCAGCACUCUUAGGGGCCCUGUUGCUGGCUGCCCAUUCCCACUUGUACCGGUUUCUGCUCGUCACCUGGACACCAUCCUCCAGCACCUCUACAGAUGCGUUUCCUAGGCUGCUGCUUCAGUUUCUUGGAAGAAGCCAAAGGGACUCACUGAACAAUCAUGUGGAGCCUGACCAUCAAGCUAUGGCUUGUUACCGUGGGGCCCUUUUUCUGCUGGUGGCAACUCUGUGUUUCAGAAUGAUGAGGGCUUCCCUCCUGACUUUUUUCCGAAAAGGAAAGUCUUUUCACAGAAAAUCUCUUGUGAUACUUAAAAAUGUUGCUGUUUAUGCAUGGCGUAAAUUCCUCACCCUUCUGGGGCUGGAGACGACAACUCUGGAGGAGACUGGACUGGCUACGGACCACAGUUACUACCUGGAUGAAUUUUCAAGUCUAUUGGAUGAACUUCUGGUGAAGAUCGAUGGUUUGUCUGACAACCUAGAACUUUCUAUCCUAGAAGAGCAAUGGAGGAGGACAGUGGAGGCAAGGGCAGUGGAUAGUCCUUUAGUUUGCCUUUCAGGGUGCCAAGCUACUGGGGUCCCCCUGUGGACCCUGAACCUCGGCAACCAGCUUAUUUAUGUCAACACUGCUGCAGCUCUGUCUGUGACUGUGAAGGAUUCCUGGAAGGAAGCUGUGUCUACAGGACUGAUUGACUACAACUGCAUCGAAGUGGGGGAAGUUAGAACAUUGCAAGUCUAG